AUGCUCAUAUCAAACUUUUGUCUUACCCUCCUCAGCCUGCUCAUCGGUGUGAGCGCUGCUCAUGCCGAUCUUGUGGAGACUGUCGAGUCCACACCUGCUGUCAUCGACCACCUCAAGGAAGUCCAGAGUCAGACAGUGGAAAUGGCUUUAGUUGUUGAGAAGUGGAAUGGCGACAUCCUUGACGCGAUUGCCAUCUUGACCGCAUCCGAUUCCCUCCUCAAGGCCAUCGACGAUGGCACCGAUACGGCCAGAGACCUGCCCAAGAAAAUGACUACGCGGCAAGCUAUAAAGGUCAAAAGGGCAACUAAGGAGCUUCUGAAGCAUAUCAAGUCCUCGCUGGGCACCAUCGCCCGCUCGAAGCCGCUGUUCGACCACGCAGGGCUUACCUCAACGAUGAUGUCCAAGCUCGAGGAGACCAAGGAGGGGGCGGAGAAGCUCAUCGCAGCUAUCGUGGAUAAGUUGCGCGUCGGAAAGGGAAUCGGGAGGAAGCUGGGAAGGAAAAUCAGCGCUGCGUUUGACUACGCCAUCGAAGAAUUCUCCAAGGAGGAGCCUUGA